AUGGUCCACUUCGUCGAACACGACAAUGCGAGCUCUUCUUCUUCACCAACACGUGCUGAACAGCCUCAAGGUUUUACUGAAUAUGGCAGAUUUCCCUCUAGACUCCGAGGCAUAAGGACUCGUGGCCAUGGAAAGAGAAGGAUCAGACAUUGGAGCCCAGCCCCAAGAAGGGCUCGUAACUGGAAUGUGGCUGAUCAUGACACAACUACUUCUGUGGAAGAAAAAGAUGAUACUCCGGCGUUCAAUGAAAUUGGUCUAGAUCAUGUUUUAAUAUCGAUUGUGAAAUGUCAUGCAUGUGAUUUUGACAUUGAAGUUUCCUUGCGUUGCGGUUGUUCAGAAGAAUUUGAUGCAAAUAAUAUGAUUUGUCCCGCGUGCGAUGAGAAGUUUGGGGAGGAUGCAAUAAGGACUGUGCAGAAUUCUAGCGUUGCAAUUACGCAUUCGCGCGCUUGGCCUGCUCUGAAUCCGGGGGAAAAACCUGCUCUACGGGAAAACAAACACGAAAGAAUGUUCGGUUCAGAUUUGUCACCAUCUCAGGACAAUCUUGAUGGUCUAAGCUUCAAUGAUUUCAGUUCGGAGGAAGAUGACAUGUCCGAUGCCUCAGAUGUUACUGCUGCAAAAGGCGUUUCCAUUGAAAAAAGCUUUGUGGCGGCAGAUGCACCGAAUACUGGCGGCAAUGAAGGCAAUGAACAGGAUGUUGAAGAGAGAAGUGACAGGGCUGCAUAUUUUCAAGAGUUGUUUAUGUCAGCUAUAUUCUCAGAAUGA